CCCGCUCGUCCUCGCUUCAUAAGGAAGCCUCUUACUUACCACAGUGGCUCCUCUUGUCGUCUAUACAUUCUCUCUCGAAAAGUUUCAGAAUUUCCCAGAGAGCAGAAUCCGAUUUACAGAGAGAGAGAGAAAGUAGAAAGAGAAACAGAGGGUUGUGAAUCGGAGAUACGAGGGUGGCGACGACGGUGGUUUCCGAGGAGAUAGGCGGAGGAGAAGGCGAGACUACCCGUACCGGUCUUCUCCCCGGAUUUAUUUCGUCCCUGUUUGCCAGAGUCUUCCGAACGAAUCAAGAAGAAGUAGAAGAGGAAGGAAAAAGAUCGGAGGUGAUGGAUGCCAGAGCAGAACAAGUCGUUGAUGUAAAGAUCUGGGUGCUUAUUUUUCUUGGGUUCGAUGCUGUCAGGCGAAAUGAAGCAGAGGAACGCAAGAAACAGGAGAGUUCUUCAAGACAUUGGUAACCUGGUGAUUGAUGGCGGAGAUCAAGGGAAGAAGAAGGCAGUUGCUGGCCGUGGAGUGCCGCGUGCAGCAGGAGCAGCAACGAAAAAGGAAGCUGAGAAGAAGCAGCCACCACCACACGAGGUCAUCGUCAUAAGUUCUGAUGACGAAAGUGAGAAGAAGCCUGCUGCUAAACCUGUUACCAAAAGGGUUACAACACGGAAGGAUGUCAAAACUGUCACCGCAAUCCUCACUGCCCGAAGCAAGGCUGCUUGUGGAAUCAAGAACAGGCCACAAAAUCUGGUGGCAGAUAUAGAUACUGCUGAUGUGAACAACCAUCUCGCUGUUGUGGAGUAUGUUGAUGAUCUCUACAAUUACUACAAGCUAGCAGAAGUUGACAGCAUAGUUCAUGAUUACAUGGACACCCAGCCAGAGAUUAAUGCAAAAAUGAGAUCAAUUCUGGUAGACUGGUUGAUCGAAGUUCACAGGAAAUUUGAGCUGAUGCCUGAAACUCUGUACCUCACGUUGAACAUUGUGGACCGCUUCCUGGCGGUGAAAGUUGUGGCGAGGCGGGAGCUUCAGUUGGUUGGCAUGAGCGCAAUGCUGAUUGCUUGCAAGUACGAGGAGAUAUGGGCACCACAGGUGGAAGAUUUCGUUUGCAUAUCAGACAAAGCAUACAAUGGAGCACAAGUGCUGCUGAUGGAGAAAGUAAUACUGCAGAGGCUGGAAUGGUACCUGACUGUUCCUACGCCAUAUGUGUUCUUGGUCAGAUAUAUCAAGGCUUCUCUCCCAUUGGACACUAUGGUGCGUCACACAGAGCAGAUGAGUUUUUACCUGGCAGAGCUGGGGCUGGUGCAUUAUUCAGUAGCUGUCUUCUACAGCCCGUCCGUGAUUGCUGCUUCAGCUGUGUAUGCUGCUCGGUGCACCCUCAACAAAACUCCAUUCUGGGACGAGACUCUGAAACACCACACUGGCUACAAGGAAGAGCAACUGCUGCAAUGUGCAAAGAAUCUGGCUAAACUGCAUUCAGCUGCAGCUGGAGAGUGUAAGCAGUUGCAGGCUGUCCAAAACAAGUUCAAAGAAGCAGGACGUGGAAGGGUGGCUCUCUUUCCUCCUGCCAAAGUGCUCAUUGACCAAGCCUUGGAUUAGAUUAGAUGAUGGUGAUGGAGGGAUCAUUUCUAAAUGAUGAUCGGUAGUAGUUUGAAUCCUGUUCGGAUUGUUAGUUUCUUUUUAGGAAAGGAGUGCGUGCAACUCGGAUGUAUUCCUCCACUAGAAUGAUGUCAUUGCUUUCACCGCUGGGGUGCGUACAACUCGGAUUUUAUGGCUUCAUUGCUAAAUGAAGUUAAAUGUGUGCCAGAUAAAUCUGAUGAUUGCUUUCUAUAAAAUCAUCUGAUUCUAUUGACAAAAACAUCUGGCGUUUUGUUAAACCUGCUUCUUUUUUACUUGCUGUAUUUUCACACUAUGUUACUGCAAUUGAAAGAGGCAUCUUGUAGGUAUAUACAGUACAUAUUUCAACAGUGAUGAUGUUUAUAGACUCAUCUGUGAUGAACAUUUACAGUGUUGGCAGUGCUUGUACAAAAAUGGUCAAGCAUGUUGUAGGUAUACAGUACUUUCAACAGUGAUGAAAUGUUAUAGAAAUGAAACAGAGAUGAACAUCUACAUUGCUGGCAGAUUGAUCUGACCAAACCAGAAGAAAAUUCUAAUAAAAGUUCCUUUCUUCUGCCCAUUAGCUGUAACUUACAUGGACUUGUCCUGUGUUCCUGCUUGGGUUAAAGAUGUCGACUUGCAAUCAGACAAUAUCUCGAUUCUUCUCUUCCUCAAGCUUUUUCUUGGCUUCAAACUUUUCUACAGCUCUUCCUCUUUGUACUUAAAUUCUGCCUUCCCGUGAUCCACUUCCCUCACCAAUUCACUCAUAAUUCUAUCCUUCUCUUCCACCAAACCCAUUACCAGAGUCAGCUCUUCCCUGGCUUUUUGCAACUCCGACUUGCAAUCCUCUGCUUGCAACACCUUCUCCUGCUCACAAAGCUUCAGCUCUUCCUCUUUGUACUUUAAUUCUGCCUUCCCAUGAUCCACUUCCCUAACCAAUUCACUCAUAAUUCUAUCCUUCUCCUCCACCAAACCCAUUACCAGAGUCAGCUCUUCCCUGGCUUUGCGCAACUCUGACUUGCAAUCCUCUGCCUGCAACACCUUCUCCUGCUCCUCAAUAACUCUGUUCUUCUCCUCUAGCAGUUUCAUACAAGCUGACAGCUCUACCUCCAUCUCCUUUCUAGCAGCUUGACAAUCUUCCAACUUGUUCCCAUUCUCUUCCAAAAGGAAGUCCAGUUCAUCAAUCAGCUUAUUGUUCUUCUCCAGUCGAUGCACAUACGAUGAAAGCUCUUCUUCCAUUACCUUCAUCUGCCGCCCACAAGAUUCCACUUCCUUGUUCCUCUCCUGAACAACCCUCCUGGACUCCAAACCUCUUCUUCGAGAUUUUGUAUUCUCGAUUUAUAUGCUCUCAACUCUUCAUCCCUCUCCCCCGAUAGCUUCUUGAGAGCAAAAAACUCUUUGGAACUGUUUCCAUUCUCUUUCAUAGCAACCUGACAAUCUUUCAACUUGUUCCGGGUCUCUUCCAACAGGGAGUUCAAUUCAUCAAUCAUCUUAUUGUUCUUCUCCAGUCGAUCCAUGUACAAUGAAAGCUCUUCCUCCAUUACCUUC